GCAGGAAUGGUAACAUCAAAAGUUGGAAAACGCUUUGCGUUUACAGGGUUUGAAGCUCUGAGAGAACUUUUUAUUUCAAAGUUAUUGCCUGAUCGAAAGCUGAAGACACUUUUGCAAUGUCCAGUAGAUGAUCUUCCAGAGACAAAAGAUGGUUAUUCGCUUUUACUUUUCUGGUAUUGGGAAGAUUGCUUGAAACAGAGGUAUGAACGCUUUGUUGUUGCACUUGAGGAAGCAUCAAGGGAUAUGUUACCUGCACUAAAAGACAAGGCACUGAAGACCAUGUAUGUACUGCUAAAGAGCAAACCAGAACAAGAGCGAAGAUUGCUUUCUGCAUUGGUUAACAAGCUUGGGGAUCCUCAAAAUAAGGGCGCAUCAAAUGCUGACUUUUACAUGUCAAACCUUUUAUCUGAGCACCCAAACAUGAAGGCUGUGGUAAUUGAUGAAGUGGAUACUUUUCUGUUUCGACCUCAUCUGGGACUACGAGCAAAAUACCAUGCUGUGAACUUUCUGAGCCAAAUUCGACUGAGUCAUAAAGGAGAUGGACCAAAGGUGGCAAGACGUUUGAUAGAUGUUUACUUUGCACUUUUUAAGGUACUGAUUACUGAGGCAGGUGCAAGUCAACAUGAAGAUAAGGAGAGCAAAAAAGAUGAUAGGAAAAAGGGGAAGAAACCCAAAGAUGCUGAGGAAUCCCAUGUUGAAUUGGAUUCAAGACUUCUAUCAGCUCUGCUAACUGGAGUUAAUAGAGCAUUUCCUUAUGUUUCAAGCAAUGAGGCUGAUGAUGUAAUUGAAAUGCAAACACCGAUGCUCUUCAAACUGGUCCAUUCUAAGAAUUUUAAUGUGGGAGUUCAAGCGUUAAUGCUUCUUGAUAAAAUUUCAUCCAAGAGUCAGAUUGUCAGUGACAGAUUUUACCGUGCCUUGUAUUCAAAACUUCUACUUCCUGCCGCUAUGAAUUCAUCCAAGGCUGAAAUGUUCAUUGGACUUCUUAUGAGAGCCAUGAGAAGUGAUGUCAAUUUGAAACGUGUGGCUGCAUUUUCAAAACGUUUACUGCAGGUUGCACUUCAACAGCCACCACAAUAUGCCUGUGGUUGCCUUUUCCUUCUUUCUGAAGUUCUUAAAGCAAGGCCACCAUUAUGAUCUUCCUUGCCUGGAGGGUACAAUCCAAGGCACAGAGAACCUUCUUACUGUAAUGCAGACCGUGCUAGUUGGUGGGAGCUAAUGGUACUGGCAACUCAUGUGCAUCCGUCAGUUGCUACCAUGGCUGCUACCCUUCUUUCUGGGGCCAAUAUUGUUUACAAUGGAAACCCAUUAAAUGACUUAUCACUUCCCGCUUUUCUAGACAAGUUCAUGGAGAAGAAACCAAAGACAAGCUCAUGGCAUGGUGGGUCUCAAAUUGAACCUGCCAAGAAGCUUGAGAUGAACAACCAAUUGAUUGGACCCGAGAUUCUGUCAUUGGCUGAAACCGAUGUGCCACCAGAAGAUCUUGUUUUCCACAAGUUCUAUGUGAAUAAGAUGAAUUCCUCAAAGAAACCAAAGAAGAAGAAAAAGAAGAAGGCCACAGAUGAUGAAAUUGCGGAAGAAUUGUUGGGAGAUGAUGGUAGUGAAGAAGUGGAAGGUGGUGAUGAGAGUGACAAUGAAGAGAUCGAAAAUAUUUUGGACUCUGCCAAUCACAUGGAAUCAGAUGGUGACUAUGAUUAUGAUGAUUUAGACCAAGUUGCUAAUGAAGAUGAUGAUGACUUGGUAGGUGAUGCCAGUGAUGCAGAGAUAGAUGUCCCUUCAGAUAUUGCUGAAGGGGAAGACACAGAAGCGGAUUUCAUUGACGACGACAAUGAGGCUAAUGAUGAUGAUGCCGUUGAUCUUGGAGAUGCAGAUGAACUUAGCAAUGAUGAGGAUGGAUUCCAUCAAGGGAAAAGAAAACGAAAAUCUGGUAAAAAGGCUUCAGCAUCUCCUUUUGCAAGUUAUGAAGAGUACGAGCAUUUACUAAAUGAGGACAGUCCUCAAGAGGAAGAAACCAAAACAAAGAAGAAACCCAACAGACAAAAGAAGAAGAACAGAUCAUCAAAGUGAACUCAUGCCUUCGACCUCACCUAGGUGGAAUUUUUUCGAACCAUCAAUGGGACAGUAAGAAUGUAUUCUCCUGUUUUCUUGACAUACAAACUUGUAUUAUUUUUUGGUGUCAUACAAACAUGUAUUGUGGCAGCAUUUGAUGAAAACACAGAGAACUACGAGUUCUGGCUGAGAAACAGCUGGAACCACAGGUUCUGGGACGAAAGAAAUUACAUUGAUUACU